GAUUAUUAAGCUACAAUUUCUUCAGCCUUUUUUCUCCACUCAUUUUCAUUUCCUUUCUUGAAUUCAAAUAUAUCAAUGGAAAAAAUUGAUAUCAAAUCUUCAUGCCUUGUUCAAAUGGCAAGCAAUGGCAAUAAUAAAUCCAUGUCAAGAAUGGAUCUAACUCCAUGGGAUCUUCAAUUCCUCCUACUCGACCCGAUUCAAAAGGGAAUCUUGUUUCACAAGCCCGAAUCGCAACAACUCCGAAACACGAUUAUCGACCACCUCAAGAACACACUCUCACGCACACUAAGCUUCUUUCCGCCGCUCGCCGGCCGCCUCGGCACCGCCGUCGUUGGAAACGGCGAUAACAAUGUUUCUUAUUUCGUCGACUGCAACAAUGCCGGUGCCGAGUUUACUCACGCGGUCGCCGCUGAAGUUUGCGUUUCCGACAUCUCGGAACCAAACUACAUACCGGAGAUAGUGUCGUCCUUUUUCCCACUUAACGGUGUUUCGAAUAUCGACGGAAUUUCGAAGCCUUUGUUCGGUGUGCAAGUGACUGAGCUUGUGGAUGGAUUCUUUAUAAGCUGCACGGCGAAUCAUGCUAUAAUAGACGGAACAUCUUUCUGGCAUUUCUUCAACUCUUGGUCCGAGAUAUCCCGUGGUUUCGAUAAAAUAUCAAAAAUGCCACUAUUCGAAAAAUGGUUUCCGAGCAAUUGCAAUGAUGGUCUUAUUCUUCUUCCUCCAUUGGAGCAAAAUAAUCUCUUGCCCAAACGCCACGUGAUGAUGCCUCAAUUGCUUCAAAGGGUUUUCCACUUUAGCAAAGAAAGUGUUGCUAAGCUCAAAGCCAAGGCCAAUUCAGAAGCCGGUAGCGACAAAAUAAUUAUAUCGUCUUUACAAGUUGUCUCGGCUCACUUGUGGCGGAGCAUUGCGCGUAACAAAAACCGCAAUCGUCGAACACCGCAAAUUAAUACGCAAGAAGAAGAAGUUUGUUGCAUCAUGCUAUUUGUAGUUGGUGCAAGAGCAAGAAUCCCAUUAGGUGAUGGCUACUUUGGGAAUGGAACCUACAUUGCGAAAACUUCGAUUAGCGAAACCGAGCUUUUGGGGAAGGGAUUAGGGUAUUUAGGGAUGAAAAUCAAUGAGUUUGUUGCUAGUCAAAAUCGAGAAGAAGUGGUCAAAUUUGUGGAAGAUUGGAUUGAAAAGCCAACAAUAGUGAGAAAGGGGAGUAUUGGUAACUGUACUUUAGCUAUAACAAGUUCGCCGAGGCAUAAUGUGUACGGCAACGAUUUUGGAUGGGGGAAACCGAUAGCGGUGAGGAGUGGGAAAAGCCAGAAAUUUGACGGGAAGAUGACGACUUUUCCGGCGGCGGAAGAUGGCGGGAUCGACGUGGAAGUUUGCUUAGCGGCGGAGACAAUGCAGGCAAUGGAAAGUGAUGCUGAGUUCUUGGAUGCAUUUGAAAAUUAUUAAUUUCUUUUUAGAUGUGGAGUGAUUUCAAUUUAUGAACAUGUAAUUUUUUAACUUGGUGGUUAUUUAUUGUGUUUUAUGAAUAAGAUUUUUAGCUU